AUGAGUGGAUCCGGAAGCACAUAUUUUGGGAAGCAAGGUGCUGCGAUGGUUCUUAUAUCUCCAGUUCAAACAAAUUUCAUGGUCGCAAGUCUUUAUCUUUUGGCACACCAAAAACACAAUGCCCCAGACAUGGGCUACAAGAACAAAGUUGGAUUCUUUGUAUUUGCAUUAGCUUCCAUUGUCUACCAGUCACCCUCAGCUGUUGAUGCCCAAACUGACAAACACAGCAAUUCCAUGGAUUUUGCAAGCAUUGUGACCAUGCUCAUCCUCAUCUGGUCUUCUAGCCACCAAUUAAAUAACUGUCUACGAGAUGGUGUUCCCCGCUUCGUCGAAUUACCGUCAGAAUUGCAAGACGAAGUCGUGCGGAACUGCACCCCGAGCGAUCAGCUGGCAUUCGCCCGUACGUCCAAGGACUGUCACCAGCAAACUAUUCCGCUGCUUUAUCACCAAGUUGACUGCAGUGUGCACAAUCGGCCAGGUCUUUUUCCGGGUCGACACUGCAAACUGGUCUCCGCCGACAAUCCACUCCUGGAUGACAAUGAUUUGCGACUCGCAUGUGAGCAUAGACAGCAGCUGUUUCUUGCUGCACUCAAUUCAAACGACACAUAUGGGCAUCAGCGAGGAACCUACCUGGUCCGCGUUCAGCUACUUCCUAAUGUGAAAUUUCUGGACUUUGCUUCUCUUGCAUUCAAACGGCAAUGUCUUGCUCCGCCAUCUCUGUUUCCUUGUGUCACGCACCUUCGCCUCUUGGGUCAAAUGACUUUCGCGGUCGUGCGAGCUUUCACAGACUUCACCGAUCCUGCUCAGCUCAUUUCACUGGAAUUCGAUAAUCUGCAGGACUUCGGACAAUUGAAUGAAAACGAAAAAUUACCGGCACUCGCCGACUUAGCUAAAAUCAGAGAAUCGAAAGACAAGGAAGGGAAUUCGAUAGUACGUCAUCCAGGGGUGAUGAGGGGACACCUUCAACAUCUUGAAGGGAAAUGCUCGAACCUGCGUUCUUUAUGUCUCCGCAGCGUUGGAAAUGACCGUCAACUAGAUUCUCGAUGGUCACCUACCAUAGACGCAGCACGCUACAAAGAGUGGGCAACAUUUAUCAUCUCCGUCAGUCCCACGCUGGAAAACCUUGUCAUUGAGCAAGGAGUAGAAGUUGACGAUACAGAUGUUCUGCAUUGCCGGCCUCAGCCAGUACAAGUGGGCCGACCCAUGGACUCAGGUUCCUUGAACACCUUUUGCCUGUUCUGCAACAAGGGAAUUGGCCUUCUCUGA